GCAAGCACAUGGCUACACCUAGAGUGCAUACUACAAUACUAGUGUGUAAAAUAGACCGCGUCCCCGUGUCCAGUAGUGAUGAUAGUGUAGUAUUUUAGCGCACUGUUUAGUACAGCAGGAUGGCAGCUUUACUGUGAGAGAAGCUUUAGUUUCAUCUGGUUAAUUUAGUCCGCAGCUCAUUGAUCACACUGUCGUGUUGUUGUGUACAUUUGUGUAAAACACACACUUUCAGAAAACACUGACAACCAACUGCUAGUAAAGUAGCUGCGUUACCUGUUGCACCUGAGUAUAAUGGAGCAUUUACCGGACUGUAAUAAGAAAUAUAAAGACGUGGAGUACUGGAAUGAACGCUACAAAACCGAGGAGACUUUUGAGUGGUUCGGGGACUUCGCUAAAUUUCGCCAUCUUCUGGUCCAGCAUGUGGGUAAAGAGGAAAACAUCCUGAUGUUGGGUUGUGGGAACAGUGCUCUAAGCUUGCACAUGUACCUGGCUGGCUACAAAACCAUCACUAACGUGGACUACUCCAGUGUGUGUGUGGAGAGUAUGGCUCAGCGUCACUCCGACUGCAUGGGCAUGAGCUGGGUGUGCAUGGAUGCCCGUCGUCUGGCUUUCCCUGAUAACUCAUUUGACGUUGUAAUGGAAAAGGGCACGCUGGAUGCCAUGCUUGUGGACGAACGAGACCCCUGGAACAUUUCAGAUGCCAGCGCCCAACUCCUGCACAAAGUACUCAGAGAGAUUAGUCGAGUCCUGAAGCCUGGAGGUCGUUUUGUGUCAGUGACCUUUGCGCAGCCGCACUUCCGGAAGAAAUUGUAUGCUCGCCAAGAGUACAGCUGGUCCAUCAACCACUAUCACUAUGGUGACAGCUUCCACUACUUUCUUUACGUUCUCACCAAAGGGGAGGAGCUUAGCCCAGAAGAUGCUGCAUUGGAGAGGAAGGUGCUUUCCCAGAUGAAGGACCAGCCCACUGUGGUCACAUUUCAGGAAGUUGAAAAUGAGGACUUUCUCAAUAACAUUGGCCUAUAAAAGCCUGCAACACUGAGCUAGCCAACAGAUACCAAGACUAAUGGUGUUUUUAUUUGAUAGUUAUUUCUGGGUUUUUUUAAAUGUUUUUACUCUGUAUUAAUGUGGCAAUGUUUGUUUUGUCAGUAUAUGAUUAGAAAAUUCUCAGGUCCUUGAAAUCUGAAUGUUUUUCAGGUUUGUAUAAAUGCAGUGUCUAAGGACAUGAGUUAUUGUAUGAGGCAAGUUGAGGCAUAAUUUUCUUCCUUUUGCCAUCAUAAUAUUUUAUACAGUGAUGUCAGUAGGAAUUUUAAUGAAUUAUGCCAGUUUCUUAAAAAUUUCUUUUUUUAUUUAAAAUAAUCGGGAAAAAUAUUCUUCUCCUUUCCCCUGCCUCCCUCUAUUUCAUGAUCUCUUUAUGCCUUUUUCUUCCAAUGUCUAUAUGCUGUUAUAUGGCUAUAAAAUAGGCUGAACCCAUUUGACAUAUUUACAUUCAUACAGAGACAGCCCUGUCAUAGAUUAAUCCCCAAAAACAAACCGUUUUAUUUGCUAUUUUCAGGAAACACAUCCCAUUGUAAAUGAGGUUUAAAUAUUGUACUGGCCACCAGGACUUGGUGACAGUCAUUAAUAAACCAGAAAUCAUUUAUUUUUAAUUUUGCUCUGAAAUCUAAUUACUAGCUAUUUUUAAAGGCUGGAAAAAGGUGCCCACAUUUCAGAGCUUCCUGUGAUGUACUGCAGAACAGAGCAGGAUUGCAAAGUUUAAUCUCAUUUUUUAAUCGGAAGAGAUGUUACUUUUAACAGACUUUUAAUGUGAUAAAACAGUGUUUUUAUGAUACAAGCUCAGUUAGUGUAACUUGGUAAUAUUGAAACUGAAACUUCGAUUUCUUCAUGGGACUUUUUGUAUUGCAUCACUUUAUUUUUAAUGUACAGUUAAUAAUCUGUAAAAUCUUCUAUUCUGAGGACAUUUUUUAAAAUGAAAUAUUAGAAAUUCUAUUUUUAUCUUUCUGGUAUAUCAAGGUGUAUAAAAUAACCUUUAUUACAAUAUGAAAAGUAUAAUCACCUUGAGCACAUCCCUAUUUCCCUCUCAACCAUGCAAGUGUGGAAGAGUGUCUCAGUUGGUUCUAAACACGCUAUAUGUUGUGUGUGACCUUAAAUCAUGACUAAUCAUUGGGGUAAUUAACCGUGUUAUACUGUAACACUUAAUGUUCAUUUGUUAGUUAAGAACAGUACUGAGGUGCAUGUCGGCAAAAUGCUAUGAUUUGCUAAUAAAUGCUAUUGAUUUGCGUAAUAAAUAUUUUAGCUGUGCCGAGCAGUUCAGCAGUCAGAGAUGUGUGAUGGUUCAUUAAGCUGCAUAAAGGCCUUUUCAUGUUCUGUUCAGCAGCAUUGAGCUAUGGUGCUGUAUCAGGUGAGCGGCCGGUAUUAUGUAUCAGCUGAUCCUGUCGGUUUCCCUACUAACUCACCUGGCUGCACUGGUGCCUUGAAUUAGGGGAUGGGGUGGAACAUAAUGUCCAAUCUGCUUGGGAAAGCUGAUAUGAGGGUCAUAGAGUGAGAUGAGCAUGCUCUUGUUACCACCAGCCACAGUACUAAUUUUGUAUUUACCCAGCUCCCUGCUCCUGACUGAGCUCAUGUGAAGGGCUUCAUAGAGAGUUGAUGAGUAGAAAACAAAAAUAUGAUACAUUAAAAUUCAAUAUUUUGUACAUUUUUCUAGUUGCAUUGAAUGUUAACCUUUGUAAAGAAUGAUCUGUGCAGAAAAAGCUGAUUUCAUCAAAUGAGAAGUAAGGAAGAUUUGGAAAUAAAUCAAAGAAUUGAAAAACAAAUGUAGACAAGCCUGGAUUUGCCAAGCAUCAACUGCCUAAAUGUCUGUUUUUCAGGAAAUUUGAUGAGAUGUUUAAAGUCCUUCCAUUGAGAAAAAUGUCUCAUUGUUUAAAGACCUGAUAUUUUGUCAAAUAUUUUUGUGUUCAGUACUGAAAUGUGAUCCACUUUUUUUUUCUUGCAGUUUCAGUGUAUGUGCAUUUUAUAAGGAGGCAGUCAGUCGUGUAUAUCCAUUAAAAUAUAUUAAAUAUCUUAUUAG